AUUAAUCCAAGCCAUUGGUCAAGGACUCCUUUCUCUCUCUCUCUCCCUUUUUUUCAAACUAAGUUAUCAAAAGGCUCCCACUGCCAGUGUCGGUGAGUCUUGACAGCCAUAUUAUUUUAUUAUAUAGUUAAAAGUUACAACUUCUCCCACCACCACCACCACUAUCAUCAUCAUCACCACCACCAUCAAUAAUAUUCCACCAUUAUUUUAGUGUUCCCAACUGUUUUGCCCAAUUAACUCCGUUCACUAAUAUUUUCACCUUCAUAGCAAUUUCUCUCAUCGAUUGUGUUCUGAGGCUUAUUGCGAAUUUUAAUUUAACGAAGUUCAGCUUUGAGAUCAUUGUAGUGUUAAAAUUUUGGGUUCAGAUCUAAUACAUAUUGAUACUUUAGUAGGUUUUACAUAUAUAUUCAUAUUCCGUUUCGAAAUUCUGAGUUACCUUUAGCCAAAAAGGCUACAUUCGCCUCUGAAUUAGUGUUGGGCUUCUUUGCUUCCCAUUUUUUAGACUAAAACAAGAUCAACAACCACUGAUCUGACUUCUGAGCUCAGGCUAUGUGGUUUUGAAGAAAUUCCCAAUCGUAAGAUAUUGUAGUUGGAAAUUGCGUCCACAAAUAUGCACGGCCUAAGCAGGCUAGGGAAUGGUGCGUCUCCGCCAUCGUCCCCUCGUUUGCGUCAUGGGCGGAAUAAGAACAGUGCUGCCUUUGGUGUUGGAGGUGGAGGAGGUAUUUCACUAAAACUGCAGGAAAAGUUAGGUUUUAUGAUAGUAUCUGCUGUAUAUAGACGAAGAGGAGUCUUACUUUUUGCUCCUUUAUUGUAUAUAUCUGGAAUGUUGUUAUAUAUGGGUACUUUAGGCUUUUUUGAUGCAUCUGCUGCUACAACUGAGGUGUCUCCACCUGGAUCACUUUACCGUAGCCCCCAGGUUUUUGAUAAGCUCUGGCCAUUCAUGGAUUCCCACAACAAUGGAUCCUCCAAUUUGUUAACAAAUGUGUGGAAUCCCAAGUUGCAUCAAGUUUGGAAGCCUUGUACUGUUUCUCAAGAAGGUUUCAUUGAUCAACUCCCAAAGUCGAAUGGCUACCUCAUAAUCGAGGCGAAUGGUGGACUGAACCAACAAAGGUUAUCGAUAUGUGAUGCUGUAGCAGUUGCAGGAUUACUGAAUGCUACUCUUGUGAUUCCAAUUUUUCAUUUAAACAGUGUUUGGCGAGAUUCUAGCAAGUUCGGCGACAUAUUUGAUGAGGAUUUCUUCAUAUAUGCACUAAGAAAUCAUGUGAAAGUGAUCAGUCAACUCCCUGAAGAUGUACUGCUUCAGUUUGAUAAUAAUAUAAGUAGCAUUGUUAACUUGAGAGUAAAGGCAUGGUCCAGUCCAACCUAUUAUCUUCAAAAGGUCCUGCCUAAGCUGAAGGAGUUGGGGGCUGUUCGCAUUGCGCCUUUUUCAAACAGAUUGGCCCACUCGGUUCCUCCAAAUAUACAAGGGCUGCGAUGUUUGUGCAAUUUUGAAGCGCUUAGGUUUUCAGAGCCCAUACGCAUGCUUGCAGCAAAGAUGGUUGAUCGAAUGGUAAAAAGGAGCUUGAAAACGAGUGGGAGGUAUGUCUCGGUGCACCUCCGCUUUGAAGAGGACAUGGUUGCAUUUUCGUGCUGUAUAUAUGAUGGUGGGGAAGAAGAAAAACAUGAGAUGGAUAUUGCCCGUGAAAGAAGUUGGAGAGGAAAAUUCAGGCGAAGGGGAAGAGUUAUUAGGCCAGGUGCAAACCGAAUAGAUGGGAAGUGCCCGUUAACUCCACUUGAGGUAGGCAUGAUGCUUAGAGGCAUGGGGUUUGACAAUAACACCUCACUUUAUGUUGCCGCGGGGAAAAUUUACAAAGCUGAGAAAUAUAUGACCCCACUCAAACAGAUAUUCCCGCGUCUGGAAUCAAAAGAUACAUUAGCUUCCCGAGAAGAACUCGCUCCAUUUGAGGGACACUCAUCUAGGUUGGCAGCACUUGAUUAUACAGUUUGUCUUUAUAGUGAAGCCUUUGUCACAACUCAGGGUGGCAACUUUCCCCACUUCUUAGUGGGUCACAGAAGAUAUCUGAAUGAAGGACAUGCAAAGACAAUCAAACCAGAUAAAAGGAAAUUGGCUCUUUUGUUUGACAGCCCGGAUAUUAGAUGGAACGAAUUCAAACGCCAAUUGCAAGACAUGCUUCAUCAUAGUGAUUUAAAGGGGGUCGAGUUAAAGAAAAGUAGUAGUUCCCUCUACACAUUCCCAAUGCCAGAUUGCAUGUGUAAGCAAGUAGAUGUUAAGAGUGCAAGUGGUAACAAGACAAGGAUACUAUGAUACUUUAGGAUAUACAAAUAGCUAUAAAAAAGGUUAUAUAUAUUUGCAAAGGGAAUACUCAGUAGCUAUAGUAAACGUUCUAUACUUGUAAUUUUUGUGCCUUUCAGUAAUCCAUUCUUUUGGACCUGAGUGCAGUGUCCUAUAAUUCAUUAGAUAUUUCGGAAGUCUAUUGGCUGUGCUAUUUAUACUGAAAUUCUCAAGUUCAUUGUAAACAGAUGCAAUGCAUAGGAAAAUGAAGAGAAAAAUCAUGGAGGCGGAAGACAGACUUAGUGAUUUGCCAGAAAUUUCAUGUUGUGCUAUCAAAAUUCAUUCUAUGAUUAGGGCAAUUUUUCUGUCGUCCUUUUGUAAUUGUAGGAAAAAGAUGUUUAAAACGGAAGUAGGCGACCAUCUUGUUGUUUGCACGCAUCAACUUGUAAAAUUUGCUAAGCACUUGACAUGUUCCAUGAAUCUAUAUAUUCAUCAUAUUCUUAUUUUA